UUAAUUACGAACACGUGUGUUUCACACCGUCUCCCUGUGAAUUAUUCAGGAGCACAACUCCGACACCGGGAUCACCUUUCUCUCUACAGAAACAAAGGGGUGACGGCGUGAAGAAGAGACGGAGAGGGGUGAAAGGUGGACAAAGGACCCUACUGAGAGGCGGAAGAGCUGGAAAGAAAGAAGGAAUAAGAGAAGAGGGAAUGAUGUCGGAGAGGAUAGCUUCGUGUGGGAGCCUGUAUGACAGCACCAACCUGCUGCUACAGUACUGCAACAACGAUGACACCGUGUCGGCCGGCAGUAACAUGGACAUGGAGGACCGAGUCUCCCACCUGGAACAGAAGCUGCAGCUGCAGGAGGAUGAGAUCCAGCUGUUGAAGGCAGCUCUGGCUGACGCCCUGCGUCGACUGGGCUACUGUGAGGAGCAGAGCGUAGGCGUCAAUGCUGCUGGGCGGAGACCUCUGGCCACCACAGCUUCAGCACCACCUACCAAGGGUAAUAAAGUGCGUCAGCUCCUGCAGGCUCUUCCCUCCAGACCUCUGAAUAAUGGCUACGUUCAACAGAAACGCCUCCUCUCCUCCCCUUCCUCUCCUAAGAAGGAGGUGCUGCAGUCCAUUAAGAGGAAAAGUAUGUCCACAGAGCGUCUCUCACCCUGUCAAGCUCUUCCUGUUCGCCUGCAGCAGUAG